AUGGCAUUACUUAUCAACGCUAACACGUUGCAUGAGAUGGGUAGUCUCUUCGAACAUAUUUGUACUGUAUUACUAUGUCCUACACAAAAUCCAUCUUAUUCUUUAUCGAUUUCUAUAUUAUCGAAAGCAGCCGAUCAAAUGAAUAAAGAUCCAGACAAACAAAAUUUUAUCUUUGACAGUGUUACAGUUCAUAAAAAUGGUGUAUGCGAAAGCAAUAUAGAAACAUCCAAGGCAUAUAAUGCAGCAGGAGGUGAGGAAGAAGAUGAUUUUGAUGAUGAAGCAUUAGUUACUGAAGAGGAGACAGUUACAAUGGGAAAUAGUCCGUUCAAAGCUUACUUUCAAGCAAUACAUGAAGAUAGUGUUAUGAAAACUGAACAGUUCAAUAACGAAAUUUAUAAUAUAUAUCCAGUUAAUCCAUAUUAUUCUCCAUCAUUUCUGAAUAAAAUUAAUGAAUUGUAUUUAACUACAGCUCCAUUAUGGAGCAAUUUGACACUCGGACACCUGUCUCGUUUCGGAUAUAAAACAUCUGAUCCAAUUGUUCACUGCGGCUGCCAUAGCAGUCGCACCACUGGUAUGUCUGAAUCCCGAAUG